ACCUAGCAACCAUGACCGAGAAGACCCAAGAACCUCAUGUGGAGGAAGAUGAUGAUGAGCUGGAUGGGAAACUCAACUACAAACCUCCUCCCCAGAAAACAUUGCAGGAGCUGCAAGAGUUGGACAAGGACGAUGAAAGCCUUGCUAAGUACAAGAAGUCCCUGCUGGGAGAUGGACCUGUCGUAGUAGACCCAACAGCUCCCAACGUGGUGGUCACCCGACUCACCCUGGUAUGUGACUCUGCUCCAGGACCCAUCACUAUGGACCUUACAGGUGACCUUGAAGCACUUAAGAAAGAGAUCUUCGUAUUAAAGGAAGGAGUGGAAUACAGAGUUAAGAUCCACUUCAAAGUAAACAGGGACAUUGUGUCGGGACUGAAAUAUGUGCAACACACUUACCGGACAGGGGUGAAGGUGGACAAAGCCACAUUCAUGGUUGGCAGCUAUGGGCCACGGCCAGAGGAGUAUGAGUUCCUGACACCUAUUGAGGAGGCUCCUAAGGGUAUGCUGGCUCGAGGCACCUAUCACAACAAGUCCUUCUUCACGGAUGAUGACAAGCAUGACCAUCUCACCUGGGAGUGGAACCUGUCCAUCAAGAAGGAAUGGACAGAAUGAGUUCACCCAGUUUGCCUUCCCCCUCCCCAUCCCCUUGCCUCCUGCACCAGUCUCCAGGUGGGCCAUGCCCACCACGCUGCGCCCUUCCUGUGGGUGCUGGGGCUCUGUGCCAGCCUCGGUCAAUGCAGAGGCCUGCAGGCGGCCUUUGCUGCUUCUUCUG